GAAGUAAAAAAAAUAUGUUUAAUUGUCGAUGUUAUUAAAAAUAAGUCCCGUUAUAAAUGCCGAUAGAAGUAAAAAAAUAUAUGUUUAAUUGUCGAUGUUAUUAAAAAUAAGUACCGUUAUAAAUGUCGAUAUAAUGCGUUUGUCUUAGUUUUAUUUCGUAUUCUUUAUUUUAAUUAUUUAUCAAUUGAAUACAUGACUUUCUAAAUGACUAUCGAGAAGUGAAUUGGAGCUUGUACUCACGGAGUCCCAUUUUGUCUUUGUUAGACGUUACAGCAAACACCAGUUAGACUUUUGGUCACGACUCACGACGCACUAGUUUUUAUUCCAUCGUUGGAAUUUGGGGAGGUUGGACUUGACUCUGAUUGGUUGAAGGCUUCAGUGAUGGGCAUUCGGACUUGUUUUAGUACGUUGUAUCUUUUGACCAGAGUGACAUUACCCGACUAUUCAAACGGGCAACCUGUCGAAUUUUGGGUCCUUUCAAAGAGCCUGUAGAAAAAACCUGCUCGUUCAAAAGACCCAUUUAACCCAUGGUUGCAGUGCUGAACUACUGCAACACACUUCUCCUUCAAAAGCUUCAAUAUGUCCUAAACAGUGCAGCUAGGAUCCUGAUGAGAGUGCGUAAAUUUGAUCCUGAAAGACCUUCACUGGCUCCUCAUACAAUACGGAAUCCAAUAUAAAAUCUCCCUCCUUACCCACCAGUGCAUUCAUGGCAACGUCCUACCCUAUCUGAAAUAACCUUUAACCCCUCAAACCAGUUCCAGACACCUCCGGUCCAACAAAUAGAACUGCCUCUUUACACCCAGAAGUAGAACCAAGCUUUGCUCGAUGGGGGACCAGUGGUCUGGAACAUUCUCCCAGACCACAUCAAACCCCCAUAGACAGUUGAAUCCUUAAAAAAUAUUAAUAAACUAUAAACCUUUCUUUUCAACACAGCAUUCCCCUCCGAAGCAGCUUUUAGUUGUCUUUUAGCUAGCUGCUAAGCUAGCGCGGAGAAAGGCAGCGCCGGUCAGUAAGAAGCUACUCCUACAGACCGCGACCACUUCCCUGAGGACAGCAGGAACUUCACUUGGUGACAGAAAACACUGUGAGUAAUGGCUUCCUGCGCGUCUUGCACCAUACUCACGGAGAGGUUGGCUCUGCUAGAGGGCCGUGUCCGCCAGUUAGAGCAGAGUAAUGUCGUAACUUUAGAUGUUGCGGACACAUCUGCUAGCGUUAGCUGUAGCGAGCUAACUAGCCCAGCUUGUAGCAGUCCUAAGCGGCCUACAAGCUACGGUGUACCGGUUGAGACGCAUAAUAGAUUUAGCUCUUUAGCUAGUCCUACACCCCAGUCUACCGGGCACCACACCUUAGUCAUAGGGGACUCCAUCACCCGAAACAUAAAGCUUAGCAAACCAGCCACAAUAAAGUGUAUCCCCGGGGCCAGAGCACCUGACAUUGAAGCUAAUCUUAGGGAGCUAACUCGCAACAGGCCUAGUAAACACGUACGACAGGCUAAUCGCACCACUAAUUAUGCGAAUAUAGUUGUACACGUUGGCUCCAAUGACACUAGAAUGAGACAGUCAGAGAUUACAAAGAGAAACAUAGCCAGGACUUGUGAUCUCGCCAGAAAGAUGUCCAGGCAUCGAGUAAUUGUCUCUGGCCCCCUGCCUGCGAGAGGCAAUGAUGAGAGAUAUAGCAGAUUAGUCUCGCUUAACAAGUGGUUGGCUAGCUACUGUAGGGAGAAGGGACUAACGUUUAUUGAUAACUGGCCCUCUUUCUGGGGCAAACCAGGCUUGCUGAUGAGAGACGGCCUUCACCCUAACCAGGAAGGCGCCAUCAUCCUGUCUAGAAACAUAGACUACUAUUUAAGUCUCACUUGACUGACUACACUAGAGCAAGCCCGGUCACAGGCAAUUACAAUGUCUGUUAGUCCGGGUGAGGAGUCAGUUAAGCUAGAACUAGCCAGCGCCAGGCUGGAUAAUCCAUGUACGCAUAGCAAUUCUCUUAGAAUAAUACACAAUUCACAUAAUGUUUUUUCUGUUGUGUCUGUGUCAGAGGUGGACAUGCAUUCUACUGAGGUGGCAAAUUAUGAUAUGUCCAGUCUAUUGCAGCACCAAGCAAACAAUCGGAAAAUUCCCGUCAUAUCAAUUCCUAGAUAUGGUCGAAACUAUUUAAAGUGCACUACGCAUAAUAAACGCAACAUUGUUAAUAUUGCCACUACGGAUAAUCUUAACAAAAACUCGUCAAAACAGCCCAAUACCUAUAAUAUGGGCUUUUUAAACAUAAGAUCAUUGUCUCCCAAGGCGUUAUUGGUUAAUGAGGUCAUUAGAGACAACAAUCUUAACGUCAUUGGUCUUAGCGAAACCUGGCUCAAACCAGACGAAUUUUUUGCGCUCAAUGAAGCAUCUCCUCCUAACUAUACAAAUGCGCAUGUUGCCCGCCCUCUUAAAAGGGGAGGGGGUGUCGCACUAAUAUACAAUGAAAAUUUCAACCUUACCCCUAACCUAAAUAAUAAAUAUAAAUCGUUUGAGGUGCUUACUAUGAGGUCUGUCACACCGCUACCUCUCGACCUAGCUGUUAUUUACCGCCCCCCUGGGCCCUAUUCGGACUUUAUCAGUGAAUUCUCAGAGUUCGUUGCUGAUCUAGUGACGCACGCCGACAAUAUAAUCAUAAUGGGGGACUUUAAUAUCCAUAUGAAUACCCCAUCGGACCCUCAGUGCGUGGCGCUCCAAACCAUAAUUGAUAGCUGUGGUAUUACACAAAUAAUACAUGAACCCACGCAUCGCAACGGUAAUACAAUAGAUCUAGUGCUUGUCAGGGGUGUCACCACCUCCAAAGUUAUGAUACUUCAAUAUACUAAAGUAAUGUCCGAUCAUUACCUUAUAAAAUUUGAAGUUUUGACUCUUUGUCAACAAGCUAAUAAUAAUAAUAACUGCUAUAGCGGCCGCAACAUUAAUGCUGCCACAACGAUGACUCUUGCUGACCUACUGCCUUCGGUAAUGGCACCAUUCCCAAAUUAUGUCGGCUCUAUUGAUAACCUCACUAACAACUUUGACGAUGCCUUGCGCGAAAUUAUUGAUAGUAUAGCACCGCUAAAGCAAAAAAGGGCCCCUAAAAGGCGCACCCCAUGGUUUACAGAAGAAAUUAGAGCUCAUAAAUUAUCAUGUAGAAAACUGGAACGCAAAUGGCGCGCGACUAAACUUGAGGUUUUCCAUCAAGCAUGGAGUGAUAGUUUAAUAACUUAUAAACGCAUGCUUACCUUAGCUAAAGCUAAAUACUACUCAAAUCUCAUCCGCCUCAACAAAAACGAUCCUAAAUUUCUGUUUAGUACAGUAGCAUCGCUAACCCAACAAGGGACUCCUCCCAGUAGCUCCACCCACUCGGCAGAUGAUUUUAUGAAUUUCUUUAAUAAGAAAAUUGAACUCAUUAGAAAGGAGAUUAAAGACAACGCAUCCCAGCUACAACUGGGUUCUAUUAACACAAAUACGACUGUAUAUACGACGGACACUGCCCUCCAAAAUAGUCUCUCUAUUUUUGAUGAAGUAACAUUAGAGGAAUUAUUACAGCGUGUAAGUGGGAUAAAACAAACAACAUGUUUACUUGACCCACUUCCUGGGAAACUUAUCAAGGAACUGUUUGUAUUAUUAGGUCCAUCAGUGUUAAAUAUUAUAAACUUAUCACUUUCCUCCGGCACUGUUCCCCUAGCAUUCAAAAAAGCGGUUAUUCAUCCUCUGCUCAAAAGACCUAACCUCGAUCCUGACCUCAUGGUAAACUACCGACCGGAACGGAACUUGGCCCGACUGCGCAUGCACAUCGCUUUUAGGAAGUUGCUACAGGAAACAAACACCGCCCACACAAGACGUUCAGAAAGCUAA